AUGGCCUCUACUGACGACGACGCGUUAGCACUUCUCGGCUUAUUUCCACGACUAGAACAAGACUGGAGAACUAUUUUUCAGAGCUUUGACGAACUCUGGAACUUUCCUCAUUGCCUUGGGGCCAUUGACGGCAAGCAUGUGCGCAUCGUCCCCCCAUCUGGAAGCGGAUCGUACUAUUAUAAUUAUAAAGGUUUUCAUAGCAUGGUGCUAUUAGCCUUUGUUUAUGCAAACUAUCGUAUUUUAAAGUGCGAUUUCGGAACAAAUGGCAGGGUGUCUGAUGGUGGUGUAUUACAAAAUACCAAAUUUUUUGAAAAACUACAAAAUAAUCUCCUGAAAAUUCCUGUAGAAGAAACCAUACCGAAUACUUACAGACGCCUACCAUAUGUAUUUAUAGGAGAUGAUGCAUUUCCAUUGAGGGUAGACCUAAUGAAACCUUUUCGACAGGCAGCCUUGACUUCUAGGGAGAAAAAAAUUUACAACUACCGUUUAUCACGAGCAAGACGUAUUGUCUAA